AUUCAGUUGGGUUCAGACCACACAGGAGUUUUGCCAAGGCAGAGUACAGAGGUCCUGCCAUUGUCAAAGGGGCCCCAAGACCGUAGAUUAUGAGCUGAACAUUACCGUAGAAGCCAUUCAUAACCCCCUUGGUUUACAGGGGAUGAGAUUGAGACCCAAAGAUGGAAAGGAACUUGUUUAAGGACACACAGAUGGGAGAGAUCAUGGCAUAGAUUUGAACCUAGGACCUUCAGCUCCAAAUACAAUAUUCAUCCCACCCCAGGGAACAAAGUCUUGGUCCAAGGGAUCAGGGAUGAAAAGUAGAAAGGGCCCUUAGAGACGGUCCAUCUACUGCCACCCCCCACCUCUGAUGAUUUUGUUAAUUUCACAGAAUUCAAAUAGUUUAGCCUCCCAAAAGGAUAAAGUAGGUUCCAUCUCAAUAGAUUUGACAUUUUAAAUAGGACUCAACUCCAUGGAUAAUGUACAUUACAAUUUGGAAUAUGCAAAGUUGCUAGCUGUGUCUAUGAUGUUGAUUUUAAAAAACAUUUAUUUCAGAGUACAGUUGUUUUAGAGCAGCCAAGUGGUAUAGUGGUUAGAGUGCUAUGCCUGGGGUCAGGAAGACUCAUCUUCCUGAGUUCAAAUCCUGACUCAGACACUUAUUAGCUGGGUGGCUUUGGGCAAGAACCCUGUCUGCCCUGUCUGUCUCCUUUUCUUCACCUGUCAAAUCAAUAGAAGGAAAAAGCAAACCCCUCCAUAUCUUUGUCAAGAAAACUCCAAGUGGGGUCGGUCAGCAAGUUUUGAGGUGUAAAUGACAAUAGACUUUCAGCUGUGAAGCAGGGGGAAGUUAAGGGAACCAUUUCUUCAACAUUGGAACAAGGGAAUGAAAAGUACAUUUUUACAGUGAAAGUAUUGUUUUUAGAAUAACUGUUCUGGGUCUGGAACAUCCCACUUGCUGUCUCUCAUCCAAAGAAGAAUGCAAUGGCCAUUGGGCCGAAUGCCUGGGUUUGCUUCCAUCCAGGACUCUUUCCCCACAUUUGCCAGGUAGAACUGAGGUGCUUGACAAUGACUUUGAGGCACCACCAAGAUGGGUUAGACCCAAAGCAGGUCAAUGAUGAUGUCAAAGAUUUCAUCAGCACCUGCUGAAAUGCAACCCCAGGUCUAGAUUUCAGGAUAUGUGUGUGUUUGCUAUUUCUCAAAAUAAAAAGGGGGACCCCUGAGCAGGACCAUAAAUAUAUCACACAAAAAGGUAAUUUCAUAAUCCCACCAUUUUUUUGGUUUUUGUUUCUGUUUUUUUUUUUAAUUGGGGAGGGGGCAAAACUAUCACUUUGUGUUCCCUCUUGUGAAAGGGUGUCUCUAACAGGGCUGUUUUGCGCCCACUGGCAAAAUGUCUGUUUGGAAAGUGUCUUUUUAGAGAGGAUGAGGGGAAAAUGAUAGGUGCUAAAAGAAAACAUAUUUUACAGGAUAACUGAGUCUCCCCUCCUCCUCCCACUUGGCCACACCCGUGGCUGGUGGUGUCAUGUCUGCUCACUUCCCGAGGAGGCAUUUAUCUUGUCCCAGGAUAUCCAACGUCUUCCAAAUUGUCCCCAAAUCCAAGCUGGGGUGUAAGUCCCGGAUGUAGUUGAAACGCUAUUGCCCAAUGUACAACUUUACAUUCUACAGAUGGGGAAACUGAGGCCCAUGGAGAGGAAGGCCCGGGCUGGGAAGGGAGGCGUUGACUUUCAAUUUUAGAGGCGGAUUUUCCCUCCACAUCAUUGAAAGUUUAGGCAGUUGCACAUCCUUGCCCCCCAGCUUCCCCUUUCUUCCCACCUUUUCCUCCGGCAGCAACUGUUAGACAGCACGUGGCUCCACUUUGCUAUGUUGCCCCGUGAGAGGUAUGUUGGCCCCCCCCACCGGCUGCGCCAACCUUCUCUUCCCCCCUCCCCUCAACCACGCUGCCAAGCGCCACGGCCCGCCCACACACCGUUGGGGGGAGCCACAUGGUCGGCAGCUAGUCUACGAGCUCCGCACUCUGCAGCUUCUGUGCUCGGCCUGUGACCCUUCCCCCUGCCGCCACAGUCCCCGGAUUCCAGCCAGACACCGGAGGACUUUGAGAGGCUGAGGUCCGGCCAGAGGGUCCAAGCUGUCUCGUCGGCCAGCCGUUCCUGUCCAGUAUCCAGCCGAUCCAGUCAGACGGUUCAACCGGAGAGUCUGUCAGAGGGUCCAGUGGGUCCAGCCGGAAGGUCCACCAGCCAGAUCAGAAAAGGCGGGAGAUAUACUGUGAGGUAGCAGAAACGGUCGGAGAAGGUGGCCCAGACCCUAGCCCUCUGAUCAAUGGCGGAUUCCCGAUUUGAAGGGGAGUGGGAGGGACAGCAGUUUAGGGAACUGCCCAUGAUCCAAGAGGGGGAACCUGUGCUGACCUUCCGGGGGCCCAAGAUGCGCAGGGGGGAGUGUGUCCUCUCAGAUUCAGAGGACAUGAAAGUCAGAUACCUGGUGCGCUACCAAAGGGAGGGGUUCAGUCCUCCGAGGGGAGAACGGGUGAUUCCCGUGGCGGCCCCCCUGAGAGAGUCUGAGGCUGAGGUCGCACCCGAGGCCGAGGAAGAGGCAAAGAUGGAGCAUGGGGAUGAGGGUGAGGCCGAGUCUGAGGUGGAGGUCGAGGCUAACCCUCAUGGCCUGGAGGCUGGGCCUAGUGACAGCCGCAGCCCCAGUCCCAAGCGCAGCCGCAGGAGCCCUAGACCCAGCCCAAGCCAACACCUCAGCAGCAGCAGCAGCAGCAGCAGCAGCGGUCUCAUGGGGGACGAGGACUUGAUGAUCCCCAGCAAGGACGACGAUACCAGCUCCCGUUCUAGCCCCAGAAGUGCCCACUCCAGUGCCCUCCCGCUGGGUCAGCAGCACUCAAACCCCAGAAUGGAGCUCUCCAAAGAGCAGCUCUACUCCAUUGUUGUAAUCGGGGGGUGGGAGUAUGAGUGGGUGCCCGAGAGUCGUCUGCUCCGUUACUCUGCUAUCCAUAUGCAGCUGGACAGUGAUACCGCUCUCCAGAUGGCAGCUAAGAGGGAACAACGGGAGGAUUGUCCCGUAACGUCGUCAGAGGGCAGCCCCUGCGGGGCGGUGGCUGAGCAUCCGCCACCCCAGAAGAAGGGCCGCAGAAGGAGAAGCCGGGGGAGGGGGAGGUCCCGCUUUCAAAGGCGCAAGUUUCGGAGAGGGAGGAGGGCCGCUGGGGAUUUCCAACAAGAGUUCCAGGUCUACCUACCUAAGGUCUUGAAGCCCUUGCUCGUUCAAGACUGGGAGCUGGUGACCUUGGGGAAAAAGCUCUUCACCCUUCCAGCUAGAAAGACUGUUGACGCCAUCCUGACUGAGUAUGCUUCCUUCCAUGAAAACUCUGGGACUGCCGCCAAGAAGCUCGCAGUCAAUGAGCUGAUGGCCAUGAUCAAGGAGUACUUUGAUCUGGUGCUGGGGACCCAGCUCCUCUACAAUUUCGAGAGGCCACAGUAUGCUGAGAUCCUGAUUAGCCAACCCACUGCCCAAAUGUCCCAGGUGUAUGGAGGUGCCCACCUGCUGCGCCUCUUCCCACAGUUGAGUUCCAUGCUGUCCUGUACUUCACUAGGUAAGAGGAGUCUCAAUGUGUUGCUGACCCAUUUGCAAGAUUUCCUGGAAUAUCUGGCAAACGAUCCUUCUCUGCUGUGUAUUGAUCCCAUUGAUUACCAAUUGGCAACCAAAGAGUACCAGCAAACAGCUGGGUAGGGGCUUGGCAGUCUUGGCUCCUGCCAGAUGAGCAUUUCUCGGAGCCUCUCCAUUGGGUAUGUCAGCCCAUAGCUCACCAAAAUGACCCGCUCCUCUAUAGUAUCUGCAUUGUUUCGGGUGCUUGUUUGUUCCUUUGAAGUUGCUAUUAACUACUUCCACGGAGGAAGCCUCUUCUCUCCUUAUGGGACAGUAAUUAGUGUUGGCAGUGAUGGACAUAGAGACUGGGAUGCCAAGGAGGAAGGUUGCCUGCCCGCGUAGAUGACCACAAGACAUGGUGGGCCUUGCAUUCCGCCGGUUCCAUCUCAGCACUGAGGACUUGUGUUAAUACUCAGUGACCAAAGAACUUGAUUGAUGAUUGUUGAUGCCAAAGAUGUCACCACUUUAACCGGGUAUGGGUAUAUUGGAUUAUCUGGCACAUGGAGCUCCUUCUACUUGCCCCUUCUUGCAAUGUGAUUUUGAUGGUCUUCCACAUGCUUUAUCUCUAUGUCCCAAUGACUAAAACUGUUCUGAUAUUUGCCACGUUGAUUCCGAUGCAUAAGUACGUGAUAGGAGAAAAUCCUCAUCUGUAUUGACAGAUGUCUAGGAAAGUUCCUCUUUCAAAGAUGUUUAACACAUGUUGAAAAUAUAUU